GACAAAAGAGGGAGUCAGUCCAUCUGUUCAGAAAGCUUUCGCCUCCAUGAUCGGACAGGGACUGGAGGAGUGUGUGGAGGAGGGGGAAAAUGAUGAAGAUGGAAAGAUGGAUUGGAGAGACACUGGAAAGGAGGAUGGAGACGAUGAUGAUGAUGAUGACAGUGACGAUGAUGAUGAGAAGAAGAAGAGGAAAAAUGACAGAAAUCAAGUCACACUUGGAGAUGUGUUCGCCCUUGAAAUGGAGCUGAACCGUGAGAACAAGAAAAUAAUGAUGGACUCUUCAGCUGCCCAGCAGGAACUGAAGCUCGACUCUUCUGCCUGCUCAAGGACGCACUGAUGAUUACAUUGAUACUGUAUUGACCUUGCUAUCCUUAAGGUCAGAAUCUGACUUCAUGUCUGAUAUAAAGAGAGCAGUGUGUGUCUAGUGGCAAGUAUAAUAUGAUAUAUAUAUGCAAUUCAAUUCAAUACUGGCAGAGAUGUACACAAAUUGGUAGAAAUUAUAAUGUACACUACUGUUCAGAAGUUUGGGGUUGCUAAGAUUUUUAUUUUUUUUAAAGGAAGACACUUGUGCUCACCAAUGGUGCAUUUAUUUGAUCAAACAUACAAUAAAAACAGUAAUAUUGUGAAAUAUUAUUACAGUUUAAAAUAAUGGUUUUUUGAAUAUAUUUUAAAAAUCUAAUUUAGUCCUGUGAUGCAAAGCAAAAUUUUCAGUCAUCAGUCUUCGGUGUCAAAUGAUCCUUCAUAAAUCAUUGUAAAUGAUUACAGAAAAUAAAGUUUUGGUGGAGAAUGUGGAAUUCUGCUUUUUAAACAAA